UAUUUGACAGAAAUAAAACGAAGACCCAAUUUGCUAACGCUUUAAAACAAAAGUGCAAAACACUUGCCCGAAAAUUCCGAUUUUACUUAAUUAAAAUCGUUUCAAUAUUAACUAGUCUCAAUGCAGGAACCCGAAGAAACAAUUAUCGUGCCCGAUCAAACGGCCGAAGCGAUUUUAAAGCCAGAAGAAACCUGCGAAAAAGAUCCUGAAAGCGAUGGUAUGGAAGAGGACAACGACGACGAGACCAAAAGCGAGAACUUCGAAGGAUUCAAUGGAACCGGACGCACGGUGACUCUACAAAUGCUGAUGGCGGCAAAUGUACUGCAGCCGGGAAAAUCUGCAAUGACCAUUGAGUAUUUGGGCCAGAAAUUCGUGGGUGAUCUUCUGGCGGAUGGAAAGAUCAAGUCACAAGAAACCGAGACGAUAUUCUUGACUCCCAGUGCAUGGGCGAUGCACUGUAAGCGUAUUAUAAACCCGGAAAAAAAGUCAGGAUGUGGGUGGGCUUCGGUAAAGUACAAGGGUAAGAAACUGGACGUCUACAAAGCGACCUGGUUGCGCAAAUGCGCUCUGCAAAAAGACUCCACCGCUGACGAUGAUCUCGAUGCUGAUGGUGAGAAAAAGCCAGAAUCACCACAGCCUGUGAUAAAACGCACAGUAUUUUCGCACAAUGCCAUAAGCAAUCGGAACGUGAUGCAUGAUGCAAAUGCACUCAUAGAAGCUGUACCGUUUUCGGCUUUAAAUAAACUACAACCAUUCCUGUUGACAAUCAGUUCGUCAGCUUUGUUCUUGGCCGAUUUUCAUUGCCACUUAACCAUGCAUGAGGUGUGUGGAUACUUCGGAGGAACCUGGGAUGUAAACACACACACUUUGGCCAUAACAAAAGCCUAUCCUUGUAAGAAUAGUCGCUUCGAUAGACACAAAGCUGCAGACGUUGAACUUGAAAUUCAAAAGUCAAUAAUGACAGAUCAAUUAAUACUCGUCGGUUGGUAUCAUUCUCAUCCCAAAUUCCAAGCUGAGCCCACUCUACGAGAUUGUGACUCUCAAUUGGACUAUCAGAUAAAAAUGCGUGGACCAUCCGAAGUGACUUACACUCCGUGUGUUGGUUUAAUUAUUUCUCCAUAUUUUGACGAAAAUGCCACUCUGGAGUCUGUGGCAAAAUCUAUUUGGGUUGUUCCUCCGCAAGAAAAUCGCCAGUGCAUGGAAUAUGGCCGUCCAAUGCUGAUGCAGUAUUCUGUCCUUCCUGAAAAGGAAUUUCCCGAACAAAUUCGUAAUGAAGUCACAGCAUGCGUCGAUUACUAUCAGAAAUUUAGAAAUGAACUGGUUAAAUUCGGGGCUAUUUUUAAGGAUGAUAUAACAUAUGUGGAGAAGCUGAAGAAUUCAAUGUAUCCUAAAUUCCCGCGUGAAACUAACGAAAAGGUUUUCUGGAACACCAUACUUAAUGCUCUGGGAUGUGAUGAAGAAGAGGAGUUUAUACCGCCAGCAAUUGCGAAGUACGAGAGAAUCAAAGAGGAACUCAAACCCGAGCCAGUACAACUUAAAAUCGAAACCAUAAAAGAGGAACCCGAAGCAAAGGUCGAUAAAAAUGCUGCUGGGGAAUUGAAGGUUAUGUCAUUACAGGAGCAACUAGGUCUUCCGCCUGGCUUGAAUAUGAAUCCGACUCGUCUUUGUUCUCCCUUGGCUACUCCAAAUCCAAACCCCAAUCCAAACCCAACUGCAACUCCAAAUCCAACACCAACUGUAACUCCCAAUCCACCACCGGUCAUACCAAUUCCUAGUACAACGCCCAUUCCGCCGCUGGUUCCGGCCCCAAUCUUAUCCACAAACAGCACAACUCCAACAGCUACCUCUUCGCCUCGAGAUAGCCCUAUAACGAUUCCCUCGAAUUCUGCGAGCCCGGCCAAGUUCGAAAUCCCAGUGCGGGCAAGUCCCUCGCCAGCAAAGUCGGAUACUUCUUCCAGUCGUACGCGCAACUCACCGGCACCAAGUCCUGGCAAGUUUAGUGUCAGUGAUAUAUCCCGCAAUAGUCCAAGCAUCACGCCCAAUAAAUACGAACCCCAACCAUCACCACUGGCCACGGCUGCAUCAUCAGCUAACGACUUAAUGGCAGCUAGCCUCGCCUCCUUGGCUGGUCAACUGCCACCCAACUUCCUUCAAACCGACAUCGCAGCUUUGUUCAGAGGACAGCACGCAAAGGAUUACGGUAGUUCAUCGCUCAAUCAACUGGCAGCGGCAGCCGCAAAAGUUGGAAAUAAAACAAACCUCGAUCAUUCCAACCCCAGUCAACUGGAUCCGAGUUUAUAUGCCAGUGCUAGUGGAUUUAACAUACCCGGGCCAUCGCGGGCCGCUAUAGAUCAGUCUUCAUCGUCGUGCUCUUCGACGGCAUCUUCGAAGUCGAUGUCUAAACAAGAACGCGCCGAGUCACGCCAAUCGAAAUCUUCGGCCAGUAAUUCAUACAAAACCAAACUCAUGAAGGAACUGGACGAUCUCAAAAACGAUCCAUUAAAGAUGAGCGAGCUAAUGCGUUCUCCCGAGUAUGCUGCUCUCUUGCUUCAGCAGGCCGAAGCAUUGGGUGCCACAACAUUGGGAACUUUAGGAUUUGGUGCUGAUUUCUCCUAUCUAACCGGUGCCAGUAGUAGCGGCAGCUCAAAGAAACAACAACAGCAGCAGCAACAACAGCAACAACAACAGAGUUCUCCACUUACCGCUGACUACAAUAAUCUGUUGCAGGCCUCAAAGUUGCUUGGUUACGACUCGUACAUGCAACAAGCUAAAACUAGCAAUGACUUAAACGCAUUCCUGCAGCAACAGAUGGCAGGAGUGUCGGCUGCCGCGUCAUCGGCCUCUUCUUCGUCAUCUUCGAAAAAACAACAACAACAGCAGCAUCAAGCUCAACAAGCUCAGCAACAGGCACCGCAUCCAGAUUACACGACUCUCCUUCAGACUUAUUCCAAACUCUUCGACACCAGCAAUCAGUAUGGCACUGGGAAGCCCACAAGUGCACAUCAUGAACUGUCAGCGCUUCUGGCUGCAGGCGUAGGUGGGAUGAGUGGCAUUGGUCUCAAUUCGGGAUCUUCCUCCAACAGCAGCAAAAAGAAGCAAGAGCAACAACAACAGCAACAGCAGCAGCAGCAACAAAACGACAUGCUCAACCAGUUGCUUCAGUCAGAAAAAAACCAAUCGGACCUCAACGCUUUACUCUAUCAUCAAAAUAAGGCAGCUGCUGACUUAAAUGCUCUUUUUGCAGCUCCAUCUGCCAGCGGCAGUUCUUCAUCAAAAAAUGCUGCCAACGAUCCGGCAGCUUACUACAAUCAGUUGGCUCAGGAGAAGAUGCAAGACUACGCUGCAUUCUUUCAGCAACAUCAUGGCAAAUACGGAAUUCCAGAUCCGUUGUCCAAGUCCACCUUAGCCGCUAACAAUCUCUUUAUGUCGCCAUCGGCCCUACUCAAACUCCAACAGGAAUCUCUCAAUGCUAUGAUGAUGAAGCCUCCUAAAUCAACUUCUUCGUCUUCGUCGACCUCCAGGGCUCGUGAAUCGUCUGCUUCGCCAGCCCAGGAGCGUCUCACCCCAACCAAGAGUGUUCGUGACAAUUCUGGGGGCGGCGGCGGCGGCGGUGGUGGUGGGAGUGGAAGUGGUGGUGCUGGUUCUCAGUCUGGCAUCAAAUACAACUUCAGUGCUGUUGAUUUAGCCAUAUCCAGUGUGUCCAGCAAUACACCAUCACCGGCUCCAUCAGAUGGAAGCGGAUCGUCCAGGCGCCCAUCCAACACACCACCGGUAGACCUAAGUCGGUUGUAUUCGGAGCUCGCACCACCGACAAAGAAACGCAUGGAGUUCUCAUCGAUUGCCGAUCUAGCAGCUCCUCCACCGAAAAUUCCAAAAAACAGCCAGGAUCGAGAUGAUAUUCUUAAUCUUUCAUCGAAUGAGUGAAUCGUCUUUUAAUAAUGCUCACAUCACUUAAUGUUGUCUUCUUCUCUUCUUUGUUGUGUCCUCUUAUUUACAUUGACCCCUCUCGAUCCCCCCUUUCCUCCCUCCUUGUCUUUCACUUGAUCUUCGUCUUAUCAUUUAUAAAUCGGUAGCAGUAUUUUUUUCAUUUGCAUUUUACAGACUUAACUUAGGCAUCAAUCAUACCCUAUAUUUAAAAUAAAAAUUAUUAAAACAAAAAAUAUA